AUUUUGAUUUUGAUGCCGCCUGCCGUCAGGUUCGGUGCUUCGCGUCCUAUUGGCAAGUCCGGGAAACGGUAUGAGAGCGCGUCUAGAUGGUCAUUAGGUUUGACCAAGUUGAAGGAGAUUCGGCAUAUGCUACGCGAAAAUGAAGAAAGAUAUCAGGAGAGAAAAGCCAUUGAGUGCAGAAAGUUAGAUUUACUCAGGGAGCUGCGACAACGAGACGUGUGCCCUUUACCGAUGAAGAAGGAAAUCAGAAAGGUUUUGGAUUACGAGAAGGAAUACAAAAUGAAGUUUAUUAACCCAAAAACGGUGCGGUUGAUAGAAACGGAUAUUGAGUGCGUGCAUCCGGAAACACUGGAACAUUUGAAAGAGAGAUUGAAGGAGAUGAAGGGCAGCGUUCAGAGUCGUGAAGUAAUAGCUCACGUUUUGUUCAAGGAAUAUACACAGUCUUCAAAGUGUAUGUGUGUGUAUGUGUGUGUGUGCUAUUGAGUAUAGAAAAAACGUAGUAACGUACGAGCGCGCAUGUAGGUACAAAAGAGCUCAAGGCUAGGAGGGCAUUGGUCAUGCGGGUGAUCAAAGAUGAGCUGGGCAAUGAGUAGAAUGACGGGGGCCUGGACGAGCAACGGACGUGGUUUUACGAGGACGUGAUUGCGACGAUUAGCAAAAAUUUGUUUUUCUGAUUGAUUGAAUUGACAAAUUGAUAGAAUGAGCUCGUCGAAUUUGGCAGAGGCCGUUUCUUCUGCGAUAUUGAGACGUUUUGGUAUAGACUCGGCGCUUCGGACCGUUUUUGACUUCUAGAGAGGGUCGCGGGCUUUGGCUGGUGCUGAGCGGCAGUAAAAAGGGGGACAGGUGGGACAGAAUGAGGAUUUACGUUCUGGCAAUUUUUGGUUGGCUGUCAAUACUGGGGUAGCGCGGGCGGCAUUGGAACAGGUUGAGCUUUUCUUUCGCGAGCGCUGUCAAAAAAAAAAAAGAGUCAUAAUUUGGCAAAAUAUCCUUCUCGCUUCAACGCUGUUGAUCCAUUCUAACCAUGCAAUUCAGGUCGACUUGUGCCUUGAGGAUAGCGGAUUUUACUCGCGGGAGGUGCAGAUAUUCAACUGAGCAUCGCAUAGAAAAAGAUACUUUUGGGCCCAUCGAGGUGCCAGCGAAUCGCUAUUGGGGUGCACAGACGCAGCGAUCGCGCCAAAAUUUUGAAAUUGGAGAUGAGAGCGAGCGCAUGCCCAGAGCCGUCAUUCGGGCCUUUUCCCAUUUGAAAAAGGCGUGCGCGACCGUCAACCGUAAAUUCGGGCUGGACCCGAAGGUUUCCGAUGCGAUUGUUCAAGCUGCCGACGAGGUUCUCCAUGGAAGGUUCGACCAGGAUUUCCCCUUGGUCGUGUGGCAAACAGGUUCCGGGACCCAGACAAACAUGAACGUUAAUGAGGUCAUUGGGAAUCGUGCCACCGAAAUUUUGGGCGGAAAGUUGGGGUCGAAGGAUCCCGUUCAUCCAAAUGACCACGUGAACAUGUCGCAGUCCUCCAACGAUUCUUUUCCAACUGCUAUGCAUAUAGCAGUUGCUAUAGAGGUUAACAGUCGACUCAUACCUGCUCUCCAGGGCCUCUCUUCUUGUCUGCAGCAAAAGUCGAGGGAUUGGAAAGAUAUCGUCAAAAUUGGCCGAACGCAUCUUCAAGAUGCCACGCCGGUGACCCUUGGACAAGAGUUCGGUGGAUACGCCGCUCAGAUUGUCAAUGGCAUUCGCAGGAUUGAGAGGAACCUAGAAGACGUCUACUUCCUCGCUCAGGGAGGCACUGCUGUUGGCACUGGGUUAAAUACAUACAAAGGAUUUGAUCAUUUAGUCGCCGAAGAGGUGGCGCGUUUGACCAAACUUCCUUUCAAAACGGCACCCAAUAAAUUUGAGGCAUUGGCUACCCACGAUGCCCUCGUCCAGUUACAUGGGUCUCUCAAUACGCUGGCGGCUUCUAUGAUGAAAAUAGCGAACGACAUCAGGCUGCUAGGAUCCGGACCAAGAUGUGGACUCGGAGAGCUCGUCCUUCCAGAAAACGAACCUGGAUCCUCUAUCAUGCCCGGAAAAGUGAACCCUACUCAGUGCGAGGCCAUCACAAUGAUAUGCGCACAGGUCAUGGGCAACCACGUAGCUGUCACCGUGGGAGGAUCUAACGGACAUUUUGAACUCAACGUAUUCAAGCCCCUCGUCAUCAAAAACGUCCUUCAAUCCAUUCGUCUGCUGGCAGAUGGCGCCGUGUCAUUCACCAAGAAUUGCAUCGCGGGGAUACAGCCAAACCAAAAGAAAAUAGACUCAAUCCUGAACGAGUCUCUCAUGCUCGUCACCUCUCUCAGCCCACACAUCGGAUACGAUAAAGCGGCCCAAACCGCCAAGAAGGCACACAAAGAAGGUACCACGUUGAAACAGGCAGCCAUCGAUCUCGGCUACGUCUCCUCAGAAGAGUUUGACAAAAUCGUGGUCCCCACAAAUAUGCUCGGGCCAGAAAACUACGUGCCUAAAUAAACUCGUUUUGAUUAUAUACACACACA